CUUACCAUCAUAUUUUCUAUUAAUUAAAUCGAAAUAUCGGAUCAAAAUGAACAUAAGUAGUGGACAUCAAGUAUGUAUGAGUGCAGUUUUCAGAAAGAAAAAAAAAAUGGAAUGGCAUAUUAAACCCAGCAACCGGAAAAAACUGCUAAAAGCCAUUCCUCUUCUCUAAUGAGGCUCUUCUUCAAACGCCAUUGGAGUAGUUUUACCUCUCAAAAUCUCAAAAAUUCUAGUCACCCAUUAAACAAACAGUCUCAAAUCCUCCAAUUUUGUAGGUCCGGCUUACUCCACGACGCGCUACACAUCCUAAACUCCAUUGAUUUGUUCAAUUCUAUCACCAACAAACCAAUUGUCUACGCUUCUCUCUUACAAACCUGCACCAAGGUUGCUUCCUUCAGCCAUGGCUGUCAAAUUCACGCCCAGGUUGUUAAAUCUGGCCUCGAGACUGACCGCUUUGUUGGGAAUAGCUUACUUUCUCUUUACUUUAAAUUGGGUUCAGAUCUUCUGCUGACUCGAAGAGUAUUUGAUGGUCUUUUUGUCAAGGAUGUAGUGUCUUGGACAUCCAUGAUUACGGGCUACGUUCGAGAAGGUAAAUCUGGAAAUGCAAUUGAAUUGUUUUGGGAUAUGUUGGAUUGGGGAAUUCAGCCGAAUAGUUUUACUUUAUCUGCUGUGAUCAAGGCCUGCUCGGAGAUUGGGAAUUUGGUACUUGGGAAAUGCUUUCAUGGGGUUGUAAUAAGGCAUGGAUUUGAUUCAAAUCAUGUCAUUGUGAGUUCUUUGAUUGACAUGUACGGGAGAAACUAUGUGUCAAGUGAUGCACGCCAACUGUUUGAUGAAUUGCUUGAACCAGAUGCAAUAUGUUGGACAUCGGUGAUUUCAGCAUUUACAAGGAAUGAUUUGUAUGAGGAAGCAUUGGGGUUCUUUUACUUUAUGCAAAGAGCUUACAGGUUGUCUCCUGAUGGUUAUACAUUUGGAACUGUAUUGACUGCAUGUGGAAACUUGGGGAGGUUGAGGCAAGGUGAAGAGGUCCAUGCUAAGGUGAUUGCAUAUGGGCUUGGUGGGAAUGUGGUGGUUGAGAGUAGUUUGGUGGAUAUGUAUGGAAAAUGUGGAGCAGUUGAGAAGUCUCGACGCGUAUUCGAUAGGAUGUCGAAGAGGAAUUCGGUUUCAUGGUCUGCUUUGCUUGGAGUUUAUUGCCAAAAUGGUGACUUUGAAAAGGUUGUAAAUCUAUUCAGGGAGAUGAAGGAGGUUGACCUCUACAGUUUUGGGACGGUUAUUCGUGCGUGUGCCGGAUUGGCAGCUGUAACGCAAGGGAAGGAGGUUCACUGUCAGUAUGUAAGAAAGGGUGGAUGGAGAGAUGUCAUUGUAGAAUCAGCUUUGGUCGACUUAUAUGCAAAAUGUGGUUGUAUUGAUUUUGCGUAUAGAAUCUUUGAGCAGAUGCCAACAAGAAACUUGAUCACAUGGAAUUCAAUGAUUGGAGGUCUUGCUCAGAAUGGAAGAGGUGGAAUUGCUAUUCAAAUCUUUGAAGAGAUGAUUAAGGAAGGGAUCAAGCCUGAUUAUAUCAGUUUUAUUGGUGUCCUUUUUGCUUGUAGUCAUACAGGUUUGGUCGAUCAAGGGCGACAUUACUUUGCUCUAAUGACUGGGGAAUAUGGAAUUAAACCAGGAGUUGAGCAUUAUAAUUGCAUGGUUGAUCUUCUAGGCCGUGCCGGGCUGCUAGAAGAAGCUGAAAACUUGAUAGAAAAUGCAGACUGUAGAAAUAAUUCGUCUCUUUGGCAGGUUCUUCUAGGAGCUUGCACUACAUGUACAAACUCUGCUACUGCAGAACGUAUAGCCAAGAAGAUGAUGGAGCUUGAGCCUCAACACCAUUUAAGUUAUGUUCUGUUGGCUAAUGUGUACAGAGCAGUAGGGCGAUGGGAUGACGCUUUAAAGAUUCGAAAUUUAAUGAAAAACCGACAGGUGAAGAAGAUGCCGGGUCAGAGCUGGAUGUAGAGAGGCAAAACAUCAAGGUUAUGAGCUUCAUAUCGUAACCCAAAUUCAAGAUUGAUGAUGGCUUGGCAUUGAUUAUCAAAAUAUCAGGUCAGUCUAUUGUCUUUUUGAUCUUCCAAGAUGAAGAACUACAGCCAUGAGAAGGCACUGAACAUGUCAAUGAUCUACCAACCUGGUUAAAAAGGUCAUUUAGAGAGUGUUCGUGAAUUUUCCAUGGAGAUAUUCCGUUAGUUAGACUGGAGAUGAAGUGAUUAACUUGCCGGGCAUGAACAUCAUGAAAUUGAGUAUUUUAUUUUGAUUUUUUUUUUCUUUUUUCCCCUCUGGAAAAGCUAACUUAUUUAUUUGCUACAUGUGUUUCUUACCGAUGUUUACAUCUCUAUUCCAAUAGAAAUAAAUUGCCUUCACAUA